UCUGGCUUUGUCCCAGACCCAGAGUCUUUGAGGAGGCUCAAAGGUGCCCUGCUGGUGGAUCGUGUUGAAGAAAAGGAAGAUCACGUUCUGGUGUACAUAACGGAGUUAACGAAGAACAUAGCUAUCAACCACAGCUUAGACCUCCUACAGGAGCUCCCAGUGCAGAACCUGAAGCCAGCCGUGGUCAAGAUCUAUGACUACUACCAGCCAAAAUACAUCUACCCUUGUGCAGCAGGUUCACUACUGUCGGCUGGGCUCAUCCUCCGGUCCUCACCUCUCGGGCUUCCUCCACGCGCCCUCCCGGCUCCUCCCUGCUCCUCGCCUCACCACCCGUGCCUCGCCUGCCCCUCGGUCCUCCGUGCCCGCGUCCCCUGGCGUCCACCUCUCCCCCCUCACCUCUUCCCUAGCCCCCUCCGUGAACCCUCAAUAAAACCUCCUUCCCUCUGA